AUGUCACUACACGAUCCUAUUAGUAGAAAGAGAGACGUUGAAGUGGAUACCACUCCAAUAGACGAGAUACGGAUAAAAAGGCCAAAAAGUGAAAAAUUACCAUCGAGGAUUAUAGCAACAACAACAACAACAACAGCAACAGCAACAGCAGCAACAACUAUUGGGAGAGGACCAGAUGAAGAGCUCUCCGACAAAGCAUAUUACCAAUACGUCAAAUCUGCAUUUUCCUGUUUGGAGAAGGGUGAUUCGUUGCAAAUAGACACUUUGACCGACAAGAUAAUCCUACCUAUAACAAGUCCAGAUAGUAUAUCCCUUCCUCAUUUUCGUAUAGUGUUAAAAGCACUUAUACAUAAUACAUCAAAAUUAGAUAACCGAGCAUGCAACAGUUUGAUCUUGGCCAUUCUUCGAUAUAAGUGGUUGGCUUUGAAAAACGUUGAGAGAGAAGAAUACGCCAACUUUGUUGACUUGUAUUCGCAUUUCCUCACCGUGUUGAUAAGUACUUUGCCCAAAUUUUUGAGUGAGGUUUUGAACAAAAUAGUACAAGAAUUUGCCGAAUUUGAUCCAAAUCAAGAUUCAAUGUUUGGUCAUCACGUUGUGUUACGCAAGAUCCUUAAGUUUAUUCCAACAAGUAUCAAUUCCAUUCCUCAGAUUUUGCAAAGUAAUUUCCCCCAUCAUCUUUCAUCUUCAACCUCGGAAGUGGUUUGUUACGUGCAGAACUUGAUGAAAGUAGUUACAUAUAGCCCCGAGUUACAAUUCAGUGUGUGGCAGCUAAUUAUUGAGUGUUGUAUUAAGCUAGAUGUGGAGUUACAAAAUGAGUUGGACGAUUUAGAUAAUGACGAAAUAGAGCAAUUGAUUUCGAGCAGGGAUGAUGAUGCUGAGUUGCUUGAUGAUUUCCAAGAAGAGGAGGAAAAAGAAGAAGAAGAAGAAGAAGAAGAGGAAGAAGAAGAGGAAGAAGAAGAAGAAGAAGAAGAAGAACAAGAAGCGAAAAAGAAUAAAGGCAAUGGUGAAGGUGGAGAAGAGAUGGCUAAAAAGGUAGAUGAUAACGAUUCUUUGGACGAGAAUAGUGAGGGCGAGAUAGAAUGGGUAGAUCCAACUAACUCUACGCAAAACAUCAAGAUUUUAUCGUCGAAGCUAGACAAUAUAGUUCAUUUAUUAUUAACCAGUACUUCCGAAUCCUUCACAGAAAAAGAAAUCAAUGAAGGUAAGGGGGUCACUCUUUUCAACACUAUAAAUUCUUUGUUCAAAAGUCACAUUUUGCCUACGCAUUUUACCAAACUGAUUCAGUUUCUAUUAUUUCACAUUACACAGUACCAACAGGAAUUAGCUGAUUCCUUUUUGGUUCUUCUCAUUGAUGUGGCGUUUAAUCCAAACGAAAUUGUAGAAAAGAGGUUGAAAGCAAUGCAGUAUCUUUCAUCAUACAUUGCUAGAGCAAGGAAGUUGUCUCGUCAUCAGAUUGUAUUCAUCGUCAGUUACUUGAUGGGUUGGUUGAAUAAGUAUAUAAUCGAGAGGGAAAAAGAAACCUUGGAUAUGGAAUCUAAUGAUGUCAGCAGGUCAAACCAACAGCAACAACCUCGAGCUACUGGCGGGAUGGAGAGGUUUAAAUUAUUUUACUCCGCAUUUCAAGCACUAUUGUACAUUUUUUGUUUUAGGCAUGAAAUACUUCGCAAACAGGAAUCUAGUUCAAACGCCGUUUCUGACUCAGAAUGGGAAUGCGAUCUAGACAAAUUCUUCCAACGAGUGAUUAUUGCCAAAUUCAAUCCAUUGAAAUUUUGCGAUGAAACAGUAGUUUACAUUUUUGCGAAAUUGGCGACGAAAUUGAAUGUGUGCUACUGUUAUUCAAUAAUUGAACAUAACAAAAGAGAAAGAUUUUUACAAACUGAUGCAUCCGUGACUUUACCCUCUGCUGUGGGGAACUUUAAACAAAAACAAGAGUUCUUGGACCUAGAAGCGUAUUUUCCCUUUGACCCGCUUGUUCUACCAAUGAGCAAUAAAAUUGUUAGCAAGAAUUUUGUUGAAUGGUCAGAGGUUAAUCCUGAAGAAGAGGAUGAUGAGGAUAGUGGUUCUGGAAGUCAUAUGGAUGAUGACGAUGACGAGGAGGAGGAUGACGAGGAGGAGGAGGAGGAGGAGGAGGAGGAGGAAGAAGAGGAUGAUGACGACAGCAGUAGCGAGGAAGACGAGGAAGACAGUAGCAGCGAGGAAGAAGAGGAAGAAGAGGAGUAG